CAUCUACGUCGCGUUUCUGUACUAUAAACCCUGCUCCCUAAAAAACCCUAAUUGCAGAAACGAUUAGCGACCAUGGCGGCACAGAAGGGGCAGAACGAUUUGUCGAUGAAGGAGCUUGACAUACAGAUGAUGUUGUCUGCCGAAGUGCACCUCGGUACUAAGAACUGUGAUUUCCAGAUGGAACGAUACGUCUUCAAACGCCGGAAUGAUGGAAUAUACAUCAUUAAUCUUGGCAAAACAUGGGAAAAGCUUCAAAUGGCAGCCAGGGUUAUCGUUGCGAUAGAGAAUCCCCAGGAUAUCAUUGUACAAUCUGCCAGACCAUAUGGUCAGAGGGCUGUGCUGAAGUUUGCCCAAUACACUGGGGCACAUGCCAUUGCUGGACGUCAUACUCCUGGUACCUUCACCAAUCAGCUCCAGACCUCCUUUAGCGAACCUCGUCUCCUGAUCUUGACCGAUCCACGGACUGACCACCAGCCCAUCAAGGAGGCAGCACUUGGAAAUAUACCAACAAUAGCUUUUUGUGAUACUGAUUCUCCCAUGAGAUAUGUAGAUAUCGGUAUCCCCUCUAACAACAAGGGAAAGCAUAGUAUUGGCUGUCUCUUCUGGCUUUUAGCGAGAAUGGUUUUGCAAAUGCGUGGGGUUAUCAACCAGGGGCAUAAAUGGGAUGUCAUGGUGGAUCUGUUCUUUUACAGAGAACCAGAGGAGGCAAAGAAUGAAGAGGAAGAUGAGGUAGCAUUGGUUACAGACUACCCAGAGUAUGGUACCGGUGAUCAAUGGUCUGCCCAAAUUCCUGAUGCUCAAUGGGCACCUGAUAUGCCACCACCAAUUGCUGCCGCCCCUGUAGCUGCACCCACUUGGACUGCUGACGCUCCAGUUUCUGGCACCAGCGGAUGGGAAUCUGUGGCUGCACCUGUAGCUCCUGUUGAAGGUGUUGCUGCUACUGCUACUGCUACUGCUGCUGCUGCUGCUGCUGCAACUGGCUGGGAAUGAAGUCUAUCUCAUGGUCAGACUCGUAUUUAGUUUACGGAUACUCAGGUAUUCUACACCUAAAAAACUUUCCUAUUUGUUGAGGAACUGUUGAUUAUUAGGUUAUCGUUUUGAGAAUUUUGGCUUAGGGCUUUUUAUUAAAACACAAAACCCAAGUUACUUGAUUUGAUUAUUUUUUGUUUCACAC